GCCAUUACAAGACGCCCGAGGGAGGCUCUAGUCUUUCACUUGCAUCCAAAGUUAAUAGCGGGUUUUUUUGUAUAUCGUCCGCUGUUCUUCCAGUGUCAGUGCUCCAUCAAUUAUGCCUAAUCGUUGUUGCGUACCGCACUGCGAUUAUCGCGUCCGUCUUCCACGCAGCUUGUACUGCGACGAAAAUAUAUCCCUCCACAGGUUGCCCAAGAACCCAAAGAAACAAAGGUUGUGGCUCGAGGCCAUCAAGUUGGAGCGACCGGUCAAACUCCAGUUCGCCAGGGUCUGCUCCCGCCACUUCCUCCAGGACGAUUUCCUCAAGAAGAUUGUGAGUGGAAAGAAGGUACUGUGCGACGAUGCGGUGCCCUCUGUGUUCAACAGGCCGCCCUCCCAGCGGCAGACCUCGAGUUUCGCGGUGGAAAGGUUGGAUCUCUCCUCGGAGCAGAUGGAAUCGGUCGCAGAAGCUCCGACAGCCCUGACCUCCGAACCAGACGGUGCGGACUUUUUGCCGAAACUGACCACGGCGGAGGAAGCUGCGAUCGUCGCCGACCUGCACAGCUACGCCAAAAACUACAUCUCCAUGCCACAAGACGGGGGAGCGGCCAGUUCGGCGCACCGGCAACCCGAGCCCCCGACAGCGGCGGACUCGAGUUGCGAGCAGCUCAACGUCGCCACCGCGGAUCCGAGCGACGGAACCACGCCGAACAACGUCGAGCCGAUUGAAGACUUGCAGUUGUACUCCAUUAAAUUAAUUCAGAUGCUACGAAAUGCCGCUGCCACCAAUCCAGGAAAACUGCAAUGCGGGAAUGCGACGGAUGACAACGGACCGCCUUCGGAAGGGAACCGGAGGUCAGACUGUUCCAACGAUGCGCAUCCCACGCACGAGGACACGGCUACCAGCUCUCACCAGUGCUACGAAGACAUGCCUACCAGCCCCCCUCGGAGCGACGAAUAUGCAGUCACUAGUCCUAACCGGCACUACGAGGACUCUGCUACUAGCCCUCUGCGCUACACCGACGACGCGGCUUCGGAAAAUGCUUCCGGUGUCGCCUCGGAGGACGAGUGCCAAGAGGGAGAGGCCGAAGAGUUGGAGAAAAUGCGGCGUAAGCUGCAGUAUGAGAAGCAUCGAGUCGCUUGGCUCAAAAGCACCCUGACGAAGCGAGACGAACGCGUAGAAGAACUGCAACGGGAGUGUUUGGGACUAAAGAAAGAAGCCAUUGGACUCAGGCAGCAAGUCUUGUUGCUGGAGGCCCAGCAGAGGCAUAGUAUCUGGGAAUCGGCCAAGGUGACCACACCGGUAGUGUCACAGAUUAUGCUGACCUGCUGUAAGUGUCGCGGUGCCACCUGACAAUGGUGUC